AUGGUGGAGCUCUUCUGCGCGAUUGUUGGUGUUGCGGGAAGCGCAUUCGAGGUGGACAUAGAUCAGACUGCGUCGGUUUCCGCGCUAAAGAAGGCGAUCAAAGAGGAGAACGCAUCGACGAUCACAUGCGACGCCAAAAACCUGCAGCUCUUCCUGGCGAAGAAGGAUGAGGGUCGCGGUCCGUGGCUGACUGAAGAAGAAGUGAAAAAGGAUGUGAUUGAUACAACUGGUCUGAAGCUGCUGGAAGCGGCGCGAGCGAGGCUUCGGCGUGUGGGGCUGUCGGAUGUGGAUGUCGGUGGAGUGGAUGAAGACGAGGAAGUAGAAGGGAGGGGCCCUGUGAACGUGCUGGUGGUGGUUCCAGGAAUUACAACUACCGUUGAGGUGAGGGAGAGAAAAGAUGAAGUGCUCAUGGCCGAGCUGGCGUACUACCAACGCUUUGGUCAAGAGAUCCAAAUCAAGUGCCACAGUUGCUGUGGUGCAAUUCUCGACAAAAUUGACACCAUUUACGAGGAAGGGUCUCAUCCGAAGCCUUUCAUCUGCGUGGAAGGGUCGUCUGGAAUGGGGAAGUCGCAACUGGCGUUUUCAUUGGGAGGUGAAGGACGCAAACAUCCACGGCCGUGGUUUUAUUGGCCUCUUCUCUCUGCGGGGGAAGAAAUGCAACGCGUGUAUUGGAACUUUUCAUCCAUCGCGACUGCCUUCGAAUCUGUUGUGAAGAAGGACGGGCUGGAGAAGCUACCAAAAGCAGAGAUUUUGAACUGCGCUUCAUCGUUUUACACCACGCAGGAACUGUGGACGUAUGGGUUCAUUAUCGAACUGUUGAGGUAUUAUUCCCGUGCAGAUGUUGGCGCACAGAUGAUCCGCGUUGAAAACGAAACGUUUGAAGUGGCCAAGUGUGGUCUGAAAGAUGUCAUUGAUGCGCGCACUAAAAUGAUCAAUCGAAAAGUGUUGCCGUUCUUCAUUUUGGAUGAAAUGACGCCAAGCGGGGAAAUUCCGAACAUGAUGAAAUUAGCGGCGUUUCAACGCAAUGUCUUUCGUGCUUGCGGUCUGGUCGUGAUUGUAAUGGGCACGGACGCCAAGAUUUCGAAUCUGGUUAGUCAGUCACAGCACAGUCGCACAGGCUCUCAUUGGUGGAUGACCGUUGUCUCUAGUUUUCCAACUUACCAGUCUAUUCCCUUCAACGAUCCUGCGAAGGAAGAAUCGUGGCAGAAGGUGAUAAAUUUGCACCCCGUCGUGAAGGACAUUGCUGAUAAUUCUCGUGGUCUGUUCUCGCGGUAUUUUGUGGACGCUGUGGUACAAUUUGCUCUGGAGGAAGUUGCGGAAAAUGAAAUAUUUGCUUUGGCGGACAUGCUAGACGCAGCGUUCAAGGCGGUAUAUGUCAAGGCUCAGGAUGCCAAAGGUUUCAUGAACACUGAGUCAGGGAGACAUGCGCAGCUGAUGGCGCUAUCGUACAUUAAUGCCAGCGUUGAACUUCCUGAUUACACGAUUUCUGCUACCAGUGGUGAUGAUGACAGGAGUGAACCUCCUCUGAAAAAGAGUAAAAUGGGGGUUCAGAGCAUGCAUGUGCAUUUUGCGAACUUGGUUGAUGAAGAAAUUACUGAUGUGGUUGUUUCAGGGGGCAGAUUAAAAAAAGUGGAUGGAACCCCCUGGAUGCCAAUCUGUCGUUUUCCAGUCAUUGAGGAAGACGUGUUGCUGUACCUCGCCGUGCUCGGUGGAAAGGAGUUGUCGGCGUACUACGACUACAACACCGGGACGAAGUAUUCAACAGCUAGUGUUUUUGAUGAGUUUCGCAGGCGAAUUGGCAAUGAACCACACGGAAAUACAAAUGCUCUCAGAAACAAUUACUGCGAAUUCGAGAACUUGGUGGCUCAUGCGCUUUUUUGUGCGUCGCGAAAAAAUGGUGUGCGAGGAAUCGCCUUUAACGAGUUCUUCUUUGCUUUGGUUGAUGAAUUUCAGGACGAAUCCUAUCCAACAAAAUUUAAGGCCAGUGCCUUGUUGGAAAGAUAUGCUGGUUUGAAGAAGAAGUUCGCAGAAACCAUGAUCCCGUUUGUGGCACCACCUAAUGCGAGAUGGCCGGAUUAUAUUCUUGGCGCCUGCGGUGCUGGUGAUGGUGACUGCAACUUCGGCCAUCUUGCUCGCGCUAAGGACAGCGAGAGAUUGGAUUGUUACGUGAUGGUUCCUGGGAAUGACAAUCCACUGUUCGUUUGCGAAUGCAAACAUUGGAAGAAAAAACUAGACAGCGGUGCGAUGGAGAAGAUCAUUGAGGGUUUAAAUGCUGAGUAUACAGGGCGUGCAGGGCGAGAUGGUCAGCGAAAGCCAAAGUGGCAUAACUGGGAUCUUGCGCUCGUCUUUUGCUAUGAACUUACCCAGUUCAAGCAGAAAAAAGUUGGUGCUUGGAAGUUUCAUGGUACUGGUAUCGUCACGGUCGAUUGCAAGACGUGGGUGAAGAAAUGGAUUAUCGAGCCAGGGGCUGGGGAGAAAUUGGUCAUUGUGCUUCAGACAGGGAGUUUGUUUUAAGAUGAAGUUUCUGGUAGGACGGCACCGUCGUUCCGACGAUGAAACUUCUUGCCUCAGGAUACUCCAAGGACGUCGAUGGAGCGAUACACAUUGCAAUUAAGCGGCUCUUAGGAGGCAGAAACUUAAUACAACGUCGUAGUUUAU